AUGUUUCCUAGUGCCCUUAUCAAGAAGCCAUCCAUAUGUUCUUUUGACUCAAAAGAAAAAUUUGCUACAAACCUGGAGUUAGCAUUAGAACGAAAUCAAAUCCGUAUAUCGCAGCAGUGCAAAGCCCCUCCAGAAAGACAAAGAUGGAUGUGUCAACCACCAGAUUUUAGCUAUAAAGUGUAUUUAUCUUCACAUAAGCCAGUUGGAAACUACCAAGAGCUGAAAAAAAAGGAAAAAAAGAAGACAUUUUUUGAAGAAUUACAUAAAAUAAAAUCAGGAUUGAUUAUCCCAGUCACUGAAGAGGUCAAACAAACAAAGAUUGCUACCAGGUUUCCUUAUACAGGCUCCAAUGAAGCCAAGUUAAUGUCUGUGAAGAUGGGAAAAUUUACUAGCAACAAAUAUGAAGAUCCCAAACCAUAUGAUUACAGACAGUAUGAACAAGGAAUACCAGAUUUUGUGACAAGUUAUACCAGGGAUCCUUUAAAUCUAAAGUUCAAAUCACAAUGUUUAAGCAAAAUUUAUGGACUACCUCCUCUGAAAGAUGAAAAAAAAAAGUUCAGCUCAAAAGAAAACUUUAUCACCCACAAGCCUCAAGAACUGAAGUGGGAUUCAAAGCUAUUUCUACCCAAAGAGCCCUGGCCUACAAAAGCUUGUUCCUUUACGGAAGUAUGA